AUGAUUCUAGAGUGGAUGGAUGUUUACUACUCGCUAAACGAUUUCGAUAGAGUUCUCGACAAUCUUCUAGAAAAUUUAUCUCAACACAUGGAAGACUUAAUACAAGAACAGAAAGACCUGAAUGAGGGAGCUAAAAUGUUCGAUUGGGGUAAAUGGAUAUCUAAAGGCAUCGGGGUAUGGCCUUUAGCUCCAAACGACUAUCUAUUUACCACAACUUUUCUUUACUUUACCGCUGUUAUGGUGCUAGAGUGGGUUGAUCUCUACAAGUGUCUCGGCGAUUUCGAAAAAGUUGUUGACAACCUCACGGAAAAUUUAGCAUUUGUGCAUAUUUACGUUCGCACAUUGAUGUUGAGAGUUCACAUCAAUAAAUUACGCGACAUUAUCACAGAAUCAUUGAAGGACUACCGAACAAGUGCUUUCAAAAAUUCAAUGGAAAUAAAAUUAUUUAUGACGCACAUUAAUAAAGGCAAACUAUUUGCAAAAGUUGUUAUAACAUUUAUUGCAAUGACUGAAGUUACUUGGUACCUACAGCCAUUAACGACACCCUCGCCUCCAGUUGAUGAUCAUGAUAAUGAAACCAUUUCGAUACUUUUGCCGUAUCACUUUUACGUUUUCUAUAAAAUAAAUGACUUCAAAACUUAUGUACUGACUUAUUUGUCCCAUGGACCGCAUGUUGUGAUCAGUGGUUUCGGUCACGCAACGUCGGAGUGUUUUUUGAUAAUUCUAGUUUUUCAUUUAAGCGGUAGAUUAGCUGUUUUGGCUGAGCGAAUCAAUGCUCUGAAAAAUAAACCCGAAAUGUAUGGAACCCAAAUCAAAAGUAUCAUCACAGAGCACAUUAGGUUAUUGAAAAUGGGAGAAAAUAUUCGAAGCGCUUUCGCUACCUCAUUAUUGGCUUAUCUAUUUAAUGGAACUAUUCUAUUGUGCAUGAUUGGCUAUCAGAUACUUGUUAAUUUUAUGACCGGCCCGAAUUCGGAUUUAAUGCAGUAUUUUAUUUUUAUUUUUGCAACUUAUUUUAUAAUAUCUGUUUUUUGUAUUAUAAGCGAACGUCUGAUUUUUGAGAGUACUAAAGUUUGCGAAGCAUAUUGGAAUUGCGGAUGGUAUAAUAUGCCACGAGAAUAUAUCAAUGAUAUAAUGUACUGUAUUGUGCGAUCGCAGAAACCGUUGGCGUUGCAAGCGGGUAAAUUUUCAUACUUCGGCAAUAGUACAUUGACCGAUGUCACCAGAACAGCGAUGGGCUACUUGUCAGUAUUGAGAAAUUUUUUAAUCACAUACAUGGAAGUGCAUAGUCGCGACCAACGGGACCUGGAUAAGGGUGCCAGAGUGUUCACUUGGGCGCGAUUGAUGUCCAAGUGUAUCGGGGUGUGGCCUUUAGAACCAAAUUAUCAUCUCUUUAACAUAUGUUUUUUUUAUUUUACUUAUAUUAUGAUUACCGAGUACAUUAAUUUGUAUUACUGCCUUCCGAAUUUCAAAAAAGUCCUCGGUAAUCUUGUUGAAAAUUUAGCAUUCACGCAUAUUUAUGUACGGACACUGAUGCUGAGGGUACAUAUUAAUAAAUUACGUGACAUAAUUUCUGAGUCAUUGAAAGACUACCAUGUUAGUGCGUACAAAAAUUCCGAAGAGGUUUAUGUGUUCAUGAAUUUCAUGAAAAAAGGUAAAUUUUACGUCAAAUACGCAUCGAUUUUCGUCGCAAUGACUGUUACCUCUUGGUUUAUACGUCCGAUAACAUCGUCAUCGUCACCUCCGCCAGCCCCCGGUAAUUCAACAAUCGCGAAAGUGGCGUAUGUGCUGCCAUAUAAAUUUCAUGUUUUUUACAAAAUAAAUAAUUACCGUACUUAUGUACUGACGUAUAUUUCCCAUGGGCCGUUUGCUUUUAUCAGCGGUUUCGGUCACGUCACGUCAGGCUGUUUUUUAAUAAUGCUCUCAUUCCAUGUCAGUGGAAGACUCGCGGUUUUGGCUACGAGAAUCAAUGCAUUGAAGUACAAAAGUGAAGGGCAUAGAAGUGCGCUAAGAGAAAUUAUUUCUGAACACAGCAGAUUAUUGAAAAUGGGGGAAGGAAUAAAAAGUGCGUAUGCUACUUCACUAUUGAUUUACCUGAUGAAUGGUAGCAUACUAUUGUGCAUUAUUGGAUACCAAAUUCUUGUUACUGUUACUUUAGGAAUAAAAAAAAAUUUAAUGCCUUACUUUGUUUUUAUAAUGACGGUCUAUCUCGUUAUAACUAUUUUUUGUAUACUCAGUGAGCAUCUAAUCGCGGAGAGUAAGAAAGUUAGCGAUGCAUUUUGGAAUUGCGGGUGGUAUGAAAUGCCGCAAGAUUGCGUCAAAGAUAUUAUUUAUUGUAUAAAACGUUCUCAAAAACCGUUAUCAUUAAAAGCUGGCGCGUUUGUUACUUUUGAGAAUAGUACAUUGACGGAGGUUACGAAAACGGCGAUGGGAUAUUUGUCUGUGCUCAGAAAUUUUUUGAUCGCGGAUCAAUCUCUUAUCCUGGGUAAUCUUGUUGAGAAUUUAGCAUUCACGCAUAUGUAUGUACGGACACUGAUGCUGAGGGUACAUAUUAAUAAAUUACGCGACAUAAUUUCUGAGUCAUUGAAAGACUACCGUGCCAGUGCGUAUCAAAACUCCGAAGAAGUCAAUGAGUUUUUGACUUACGUAAAAAAAGGAAAAUUUUUCGUUAAAGCUGCUGGUAUUUUCGUCAUAUCUACGGCAACUUCGUGGUACAUACGUCCGAUAACAUCUUCGUCCCUUCUUUUGUCAAUGGUACAAUACUGCUAUGUCACAAAAACAUCGAUGGGAUAUUUGUCGAUUUUGAGAAAUUUUCUGCUCAACGAGCAAUGA